AAAUUCCUCGACAACAGCGUACCACUGUCUGUAUGUACCACAGGUUCCGUACGGGUAGGAGAGGACACUGGAUACACUGUUGAGGGUCCUAGCUGGGAAAGACACUGCUGUAAAAAAAUCCAUCCGAGGUAACGAUGAUGAACAUUCUCUUAAAAAACAACUGCCUAAGGCACUGAUGACACCAAACCAACUGAUUUACAGUUUUUCUGCAAUAUAUCUGCAUACGACGUUGACCCUCCGAUUGGACAGGCACGGAUCUGUAGACACCGCCGAACAAGGCACAUUCUGUACCUGCGCACCUCUGAAUGACAAUAAUGUAGAAAAACAACCGCUACUACAUACUUUACCAACAAGGAAGUGAAAUUUAACCACGUCGUUCUCCUGAGGUGUGACCGAGAUUAUUAAAUACCUUCGAAAGACGUCAAUGGCAACAAAUCUUCUGACCUGGCAGAUACGCCAUGGAUCCUCAGACACCGUUGAUCCUGGGAUUGGACAGUUCCGCCAUGGAUCCUCAGAUACCGUUGAUCCUGGUAUUGGACAGUUACGCCAUGGAUCCUCAGAUACCGUUGGUCCUGGGAUUGGACAGUUACGCCAUGGAUCCUCAGAUACCGUUGAUCCUGGGAUUGGACAGUUACGCCAUGGAUCCUCAGUUACCGUUGGUCCUGGGAUUGGACAGUUACGCCAUGGAUCCUCAGAUACCGUUGAUCAUGGGAUUGGACAGUUACGCCAUGGAUCCUCAGUUACCGUUGGUCCUGGGAUUGGAAGUUACGCCAUGGAUCCUCAGAUACCGUUGAUCCUGGGAUUGGACAGUGACGCCAUGGGUCCUCAGAUACCGUUGAUUCUGGGAUUGGACAGUUACGCCAUGGAGCUGAAGACAAGGGUCACUAUAAUUGGAGAGAAGACAGGUGACAAUUUCCCCGUCGACCACAGGAUUGGGUUGUACCCGAAGAAGAUCGCGUGGUGAACGGUAAAAUCCCUUUUAUGAGAUUUAUAUCAACACAGGUGACGUUAUGGUCUUGGCCUGGUGUAGGUAUCCAGUCCUCAGAUAUUCCCAGCAUUGUGAAUCUACCUCCGUUCCCAGUGUGGGAGAUACACAGGUAUGGAUGGAACAUUUACCUUAAAGCACUUGACACAAGUGAUUUGAUGUUGUACAAAUAGGUACAGAACAAUAGAAGGGAAAUAGCGAAUAUGUGUUCAAUCACACUAUGUCUAAAGCAUUUAUACUUAACUUAAUUUGGUUUGAAACGCCAUUAAGAUCCUCACAACAUUAAAAAUAUACACUACUUAAUAAUACAUACACGAUGCAUGCCCAUUGGUCCUCUUGUUUUCAUGAUACCUGAUGGUAUUCUUGAUGACACGUUUCGUUAGUUUACACCAUACAGAUGUCAGUCAAUUUUGCCAAGAUUGAUGUCGCUAGUAUUUAUGACAUUUUCACUGUUAUGCCAGUGAACCUUCCUAUAUAUAAAGAAAUGUUUUAAGAUUUUAAGAUUGGUUCAAUUGAAAGUUCAUUGUUCAAUUUGAUCAUUCUGCUUUUGCUAAAAUAUGAACGGUAUUACAUUAAUUAUCACGACAGGAAGGAGGAGAAAUCACAACAGAGAAUGGAAAGCGAGACUGAAAAGAAAAAUUGCGACAGAGGUUGUUGGGGUUGAAAUUAUAAUAGUCGAAUGGAGAUGGAAUUUCGACAGACCAUUGGAGGCGAUAUCAUGACAGAACAUACAAGCACACUUAGAACUGAUAAGUUCAGAUUGUAACAGACAAUGGGAGGCAAAUACAGUUAUACAUGCAGGUAUGUAUAUACCAGUACAUUUCAGCAGUCGAAGGUCUCCCGAAUGGUGGGAAGGUGAGUAUCGGUGAGUACUCAUUUAAAAAAAAAUUGAGAUAGGUGGUAUCAUAAGCGUCAGGGCUAGACAAUUAAUGUUAACUAGAAAUUACUGUAUUUGUUUCAGAUAGUUCAACGACAACUUCAACAGAAGCUACAACUACAACCACAGAACUUACAACUACAACAACACAACCCACAACUAUAACCACAGAACU